AGACCGGGCUCGUGGAUUAGGACGGUACCUGUCUGUGGAGAGCGCGUCAUGCGGACUCGGAUGUCGCGCACCAGAAGCCAUUAAAACCUGUAGGCUGGAGCUGACAGAGACGCGGAUAUGGGCUCUGCUUUGCGGCGUCGCUGGCUAGUGGUCCAACUCCUGAUGCAGGUGUGGCUGGCAGCAAAUCCAUCUUUGAGUGAGCGCCCAUGCCCCAAGAGCUGUCGCUGUGAUGGCAAAAUUGUCUAUUGUGAGUCAAGCGCCUUUCGCGAUGUCCCCAAGAACCUCUCCGGAGGCUGUGAAGGCCUGUCUUUGCGGUACAACAGCCUCGUCAGUCUUCGCGCCGGCCAGUUUGUCGGCCUCAACCACCUCAUCUGGCUCUACUUGGACCACAAUUACAUUGCCUCUGUGGAUGUAUUGGCCUUUCAGGGGGUCCGCAGGCUCAAAGAGCUGAUCCUGAGUUCCAACAAGAUCACGUCGCUCCACAACACCACAUUCCACCCUGUCCCCAAUUUGCGGAACCUGGACCUGUCGUACAACAAGCUGCAAGCCUUGCAGCCUGGGCAGUUCCAGGGACUACGGAAGCUUCUCAGCCUCCACAUACGCUCAAAUUCUCUAAAAACCGUCCCAGUGCGUCUGUUCCAAGAUUGCAGAAAUCUUGAGUUCCUGGAUCUGGGUUACAACCGCUUGCGCAGUAUCACUCGGAAUGCAUUUUCAGGCCUAGUCAAGCUCACUGAGCUGCAUUUGGAGCAUAACCAGUUCUCAAAGAUCAAUUUCUCCCACUUUCCUCGCCUCUACAAUCUGCGGGCACUUUACUUGCAGUGGAAUCGAAUUCGCUCAAUGAACCAGGGCCUUACCUGGACCUGGGCCUCCAUCCAGAAACUGGAUCUGUCUGGAAAUGAUCUGAUGGAAGUGGAUGCUGUGGUUUACCAAUGCCUACCUAACCUGCAGACCCUCAAUCUGGACUCCAACAAGCUGACCAAUGUCUCCCAGGAGGUGGUUGAUGCCUGGAUCUCUUUGACUACAAUAAGCUUAGCUGGGAAUGUAUGGGACUGUGGCCCUGCCAUCUGUCCUCUGGUGGCCUGGCUGAGAAACUUCAGAGGGGCAAAGGAGACCACAAUGAUCUGCGCCUCCCCCAAGAAAGCCCAGGGUGAGAAAGUGAUGGAUGCUGUCGAAGCUUUUGGUGUUUGCCAAUCAAACCCAGGGACAACGCUCACUGUGAGUAUCCCUCCAACCCCAUCCAGAGUCCCUGUGGAGACUGAACGCCGACCAGCCAUUCGGGCUUCACCUACUGGUUCUGGAAAGAGAGGAGAGGGAUCUAUCAGGGGUCCCACAUUGUCAGCUGUUACCCCAGCUCUGGCACUUCCCCCGGAGCAAGACUUGGAGCCUGUGUCCUUCCACAAGAUUGUGGCUGGAAGCGUUGCCCUUUUUCUAUCUGUUGCGAUGAUCCUGUUGGUAAUCUACGUGUCUUGGAAGCGCUACCCCAGCAGUGUCAAGCAGCUGCAGGAGCAUUCGGCAGCAGCCCGCAAACGCCGCAAGAAAGCUAGAGAGACGGAGCGCACCCUGAGCUCUCCACUUCAGGAGUACUAUGUGGACUACAAGCCCACCAACUCUGAGGCCAUGGACGUGCUUGUGAAUGGGACCGGACCCUGCACCUAUACCAUCUCAGGCUCCCGAGAAUGCGAGGUCCCCCACCAGUUGGGCGCGCUGACCUUCUACCGCUACGAGCAGCCGAUCGUGGACUACUGCCAGGCCCAUCAACCCUUGCGGCUCAACAUGGGCUACGAGGGACCCCCACAGGGCCUGGAGGGCCUGGAGGACCUGGGGCCGUGUGAUCGGGGCACCAUACAGACAGUGGCGCUCCCGGCCGUGCCCUCCGCUGCCAGCAUUGGUGCCCCCGUGCCAGGGCCUCGCUCUCCUCCGCCGCCCCUCAGACCACCGGCUGACGGUCCCAGCGGCGGUCAGUUCCCCCCCGCCGAACGCACCGGCACGCUCAAAUUCGGACGCUAGCCGGCCGAGUCCGGUUGCUGGAAGUGGGCCAAGGGCCCUCCGAUUCGACGUGACUUUGUAACAAAGGGGCGGGCGAGCUGGUUAUUCAGUGGGGCCUUGUUUUCCCAACAUGAGUAUGUGAACUAGAGGACAAAACACUUUUCUAAUUCUGCCUGGAGGGAUUUGGCAUCUGAAACACGCAGUCUCACUAAUAUACAGUAGAGGGUGAGACAUCCUUUGCGGAUGAUUUUGAUUUAUUUUUCCAAAAGCACCUCCAUAUAAAACUACUUCAAUCAUGGGAGGUACUACAGCAUUAAGACAGAAAAAGAGCAUUACCUUGUUUCCACAUCCGGUCUUUGCCAUAUUUUGCCAUAUCCCAUCAUGGGGCACCUGUUCACAGCAGUCCACGUGCACUGAGUCAGGAGUGAAAGGGGCAGUGCAAUAAACACGAGGUCUCCAUCAUGUGAGGGGCAGGAACGUAAAACAUACAAAAAGAGAUGGAGUUGGACAUCUUGUGAAGGGGCUUCAUACUGUGAUUAUUACUAAAAUAUCGAGUCAGUAUUUGUCGAGACAAUUUUAUAGAAUUUCUCGAUCCUUUGUCUUACUUUCUUUUCUUUCUUCAGAUGUGGGACUUCACGCUGAAUUCCAUUAAUGUGCAUGUCAAACCAAAGAGUUUACUUAUAUGUUUUUUUUUUUUUUUUUAAUGCACAUAAGCUACUUUAGCUGGGGGCAUUCUUAAAAUGCCAGUUGGUGUACUACAAUGGCCUCCACCAACUCCUACUACAUUAACAUUUACCCCCCCCCCCCCCGUUCGUCUCAACAGAUAAGCAGAGUAUGAUAAAUACGAGAGAGCAAAUUAAAUUUAUAAAUAUAUAUUUGUCAUGAUGACUAUCUGGUCCUCCCAAUGCCAAUUUUGACUUGUGACGCUACAAAGCGGCGAUUAACCACGCAAACCCCUUCAGGGGAGACGUUAUGGCCGCGUUCCAUGAAUUCCUUCAACAUGCAGCAGAAAGGCAGGUCUUUGUAUAUGAUUACAUCCCAGCUGAAUGACUCACUGUGCUUUAAACAGUUCUUCAUGGUGGGAGAAACAAGUACAUUUGAAUGAAUUGUACAUAUAUUCCUAC